AUGAUGGCCAUGAACAGCAAGCAGCACUUGAGCAUGCAUCCAAUUCUCCAGGAACCCAAAUACCCGAACCUGCACUCCAGCUCCGAGGCCGUGAGGAGAGUUUGCCUCGCAACCCCACCGCUGCAGGGCAAUAUAUUCGGCGGCUUUGAUGAGAAUCUGUUAGCCCGCGCUGACGCUCUGGCGCCUGUGGAUGUGGUAGCCCACAACAAGAAUCAUCACCACUUCAAACCGGACAUCACCUAUCAUACCAUGAGCAGCGUCCCCUGCAGCUCGACCACUUCGACGCUGCCCAUCUCUCCUCCGUCGACCAUCUCCUCCCAUCAUGUCCACCCGGGCCACCAGAUAUUGGACGCCGACCUCCUGGACAUCUCUCCGAGCCUGGCAGCCCUGGGGGGGCCAGACCCCUCGUCCAUGCUCUCCACGCAAGCCCACUCCCACCACCUCAACAGCAUGGGGCACCUACACCAAGCCAUGUCAAUGGGCCACCCUCACUCCUUCGCCACCCACAACGGCAUGCCGUGCAUCAACGAGGUGGAGGCAGACCCCAGAGAGCUGGAAGCUUUUGCCGAGAGGUUUAAACAGAGGAGGAUCAAGCUGGGGGUGACACAGGCUGAUGUCGGGGCCGCCCUGGCCAAUCUGAAGAUCCCCGGGGUGGGAUCACUCAGCCAGAGUACCAUCUGCAGGUUCGAAUCGUUGACUCUCUCGCACAAUAACAUGAUAGCACUGAAACCGGUGCUGCAGACCUGGCUGGAAGAGGCGGAGAACGCCUACCGGGAGAAGGCGAACAAGCCGGAGAUGUUCAGCUCCAACGAGAGGAAGCGCAAACGGACCUCGAUCGCGGCUCCGGAGAAACGGUCUCUGGAAGCUUACUUCGCCAUCCAACCCCGGCCCUCGUCGGAAAAAAUCGCAGCGAUCGCAGAGAAACUCGACCUGAAGAAAAACGUCGUGAGGGUCUGGUUUUGCAAUCAGAGACAGAAACAAAAGAGAAUGAAAUAUUCAGCAAAUCACUGA